AUGAAGGAGAAUCAGAAAUACGUUGAUUGGGUUGCAGAUCUAAGAGGUGUAGCCAGAGAAUGUAAUUUUACGUGUGAAAAUGAAUACUGCAGACAAUCCUACGUCGAUAACAAAAUAAGGGAUAUGAUUGUGUUAUACACUCCACAUAAGAAAGUCCGAACAGCUUGUUUGCAAAAAUCAAAUCCAUCUUUAGAAGAGGUGCUGCAAAUUUGUUCAAUUUUUGAAGCAACUGUUAAGGCGUCGGAUGAGAUCGAAGAUACUAUGGAGCCGACAAAUGAAGUUCACGCUAUUCAACGUUAUAAUGUUUCAGAAAGUAAAUCAAAGGGAAAGCUUACUUUCAAGAAUUUACAGUCUUGUCCAGGCUGUGGAAAGUCUCAUCAGAGAGAAGAAUGUUAUCACUUUAAGAAUAGAACCAGAUGCAAUAGAUGCUCGAAGCUUGGACAUAUAUCGAAAGUAUGUCAAGCACAAGGUAAGCUUGGAAAUAGUCAACAAAUUCAUGAAAUGGAGGUAGAGGAAUCGUCUAUAAGUCACGUUGAAGCAAUCGACACCGUCAAUAAUGGAAAGAAUGAUAAACUCAUGAUCACUAUUAAGGUAAAUAACGAAGAAUUGCCAUUUCAAUUAGACACUGGAGCUUCAUGCUCAUUGAUUGGACUUGACGUCUACAAGAAAUUAAAACAACCUUUGUGUAGUCCAAGUAAUAAAACAUUAAAAGCGUAUGGAGGAGCUAUGUUGGCUCUAAAAGGGGUGGUUAAUGUGGAUGUUAAUGUCGGCAACCAAACACGAAAUUUACAACUUUACGUUGUUGAUUUGGAAAAUGUUGUGAACAUAUUUGGAUUCGAUUGGUUUAAAGAAUUUGAUUUUCAGAUAAAAAGUCCAUACAAUAACCUGGUGAUCGAAAACUGCUUGCAAGUUUCAAAUGACUCUCUUACGGAUUUAGAAUGUAGAUUGAAACAAGUCUUAAACAAUUUCAAUGAAGUUUUUUCUGAAGGACUUGGACACUGUCCAACGUUUAAAGCAGAUAUUACCCUUAAGUCCGAUGCAGUUCCAAAAUUUAUGAAACCUUACAAUAUUCCAUUUGCGUUACACGACAAAGUUCGACAGGAAAUUGACCGUUUGGUCUCCAAUGGCGUCAUAGAGCCAAUAAAUUCGAGUGAAUGGGCUUCGCCAAUUGUGGUGGUUCCAAAACCAAAUGGUUCCAUAAGGGUUUGCGCCGAUUUUAAAGUUACUUUAAAUCCCCAAAUAAAAACUGAAAGAUAUCCCAUCCUCGUCGCCAAAUGA